CAGUUGUUAAAUGGUUUUUGAGGUGGACAGACAAAGAUAAAUUGCUCUCUUGAGACUUGGUUGUGGCUUUCCUCCUGGAUUUGAACCCUGAAUACGCGGUGUGUACCUCUUGCCGUUAAAAGCUCAACAUGCACAACAAACCCAUAGUUCCAAAAAUUGAACCGAGCAUACCUACUACUGAUUUUAUGAAGCGUUCCAGUCCUGACUCGGUGAGUUCAAGCACAAACGGGACCUUCGGACCAGCUAGUCGGUGUCGAAGAAAGAUUGCUUUUCAUCCAAUCCAUGGCUAUGCCAUCCCGCCCCCACAACCUGCCAAAGUGGCAAGGCGAAAUGCCCGAGAGCGAAAUCGUGUGAAGCAAGUAAAUUCGGGAUUUGAGAUGCUUCGGGUGCAUAUUCCAACCAUUGCCAGUCAGAAGAAAGCCUCAAAAGUGGAGACUUUAAGGCACGCUGUGGAAUAUAUUCAGCGCCUGCAAACUAUGCUAGGGGAUCAGCAACAUCACCACCAUGUCCAGCAACAACAACCACAACAUCCAGGCACACCCUCUACUCCAAUUACUCCGUCCACUCCAAGUGGAAACCCAAUGAUCUCAGCAUCACCAAACGAACAUUUUGUGUACCCAUCUUCUCACACACCAGCCACACCUCAUACUCCAGUGGAAGCUAAUGUCACGCCCUACAGUUUCAAUGAGAGUGGUUACGAAACAUCUUCCACAUCUAGUUACUACUCCGGAGGGUCCCUGAUCUCACCAAGCCCCAACAUGGGUCCACAUAGCCAUCAGCACUAUUUCAGUAAUCUCACACCUAACAUAUCAGGCAAUAACUUUAAUCAAGAGCUAUGCAGUUUUAUUCCAUCCCAAAAUACUGAUCUCUUCGAACACAAUUCGGACGAAGACGAACUUUUGGACGUUAUUGCCAAGUGGCAAGAAGGCGAGGAUUGAAGAAGAAAAGCAACUCCUCAUUCAAUCCUUUCAUAUUGCCAAAAAAGAAAAGUCAAAUGUUUAUUAUAUUUCCCCAUUCCACCACUGUCGACGCGUUUCUAGAUCUCAAAUGCAAUAUUGUUAGACUGAAUCAUAUUCAAAACUUCUGAUCCUUGAGGUCAAACCUGAUGCAAUAUAACAAAAAUCGACGAUCUCUCUCUAUCCAUUCAGAUUCUCAUUGUACUCUCAUAUCAUGUCAUAUGUCACAUAAAGCUCGCAAACAACAUUAAAUAUGAAUUUGCUUGGAAUACAAAUCGCACAUAAAUAAUAUAGCAGACUACCAUUCAUUAUUCAUCAUUCAGUAGCCCAAGUUCAUCAUAAGAUGGUUCUUGUCCCUCGCGUCGUCGGGUAAGUCCAGGAGCUCUUGAUGAGAGUAAUGAGUCCAGGUCCCCUAAUUACACUUUUUUGUCCCUCUCUAAAACAGGGUUAUUAUCACGCAGCAAAAAAUCAGGCCCCAAAUAAAACACAGUGCUUUGCACAAGGACCACAAGGGACAAGAGUCUCUAAAAUGGGAUCCUUGUCACCUGUUAAACGCUUCAAAAUGGAAAAAAGCCACGGAAGAAAGAACAAAAGGCAAAUACUUUUUAUAGCCCAAUCUUCGUCUACUCCGGCCAUACACUAAUCAUUCACAUCAACUGGUACUCUCUAU